GCCAGUGAUCAUAAUGGGAGUCAGUUGUGUGGUGGCUGUGUUGGCUUUGGCCACCGUCGCAUCUGCUACUAUAGGUGACAAUACCUUGGAUGCAGAGAGAGUAGUGCUAGUAGCACCAGUUUUAGCACCCCCAAGAGACUCUAAAACUCACGUCACGGAUAGAGCGAGGCAGUUCCCGAUUCUAGUCCUACUAGCUCAGAAUCACCAUGAGUACAGCCGGCCUGAACCUAAGUCGUUGGAAAGGAACCCUCGACCUAUCUAUGUACAGAAAUUAGAAGAUCAAGUAAGAGAGGACGGCGGUCGUCUUAACCGGCAGAAAAGAACAUUAAAGAAAAAGUUACUGGGGCUCGGUGGGUUAGGCUUUGGUGGCGGGUUCGGGUACGGGGGUGGAUAUGGAGGUGGAUUCUCUGGAGGACAUGGUGGAUACGACGGGGGGUAUCACCAGCCAUCACAGACUAUUAUUGUAGUGAAAGAGCGCGGUCGCAAGCAUGGCCAUGGACAUCACGGCGGAGGUAAUUACAUUCCCGGCGGUGGCAAUUACGGCCCAGGUUACGGCAAUGGCGGUGGUUACGGAGGCGGCUUCGGUGGCGGUUACGGCGGAGGCGGAGGCGGAGGUGGGGGUGGAGGUGGAGGAGGAGGUGGAGGCGGUGGAUAUGGAUACGGCGGUGGAUAUGGCGGGGGUUACGGAAACGGGGGAUCGCCCGGCGGGUUUGGUGGCUAUUCACAGCAAGGUGGAUGUGGCGGCGGAUGUGGUGGAAAUUAUGGCGGAAGCUAUUCUACUGCAACCGCUACAGCGACUGCCACAGCACAAUCUGGUUCAUACGGGUACGGUAAGAAGCGUUAGCUGAAGCUUUAGACCUCCUAUAUAGGUCGGUGUAUAUUUGACGGAAGAUCCUUCAACUGUGCACACUCAACCGAUGAUCCGUCUGUGCGGCGAGCGUAUUACGCAUUCAUUCAUUAAUACACUCAACGUGUUUUCCAUCAGAUUUGCAUCGACCAUUAUAUGACAUGUGAACUGUGAUUUUAUGGUGACAGGACAAUAUUCGCUAGACACCAAAAUAGCUUUAGGCCAGAGACGAUUUUUCUAGACUUUUUUAUGGAAAAAAAAUAUAAUUUAUUUUCUUAGUACGAAUUUUUUUCACAUAAAAUUGUUCUUGAAACUAUGCUUCUUUAAAAUAAGAAUCCACCUUUCUUUUUUAAUUUGUGAGCAAUGUGUAAUGAGUUCUUAUUUUUAAAGUUUAGAUAUAUAAUGUUAAUCUCUAGUAUUAAGCUUAAAAUGCUCCAAAAAUUUACCAAUCAUAUAUUUCUGUUGAUUAAGAAAUUAAAUGGCUUUACAUGGUGC